AAAGUCUUUCCGGUGACGUUUUAUGUCGAGUAAAGAAAAAAACAAUCAUGGCGGUCGCUGAAGCCGUAUCUCCGGUGUAUUUGGCAAUUAGUAACAUUCCUGUUGCCUUUCACUCCGCUGACCUGAGAAAUUAUUUCAGCCAGUUCAUAGAAAGUGGCGGGUUUCAGUGUUUUCACUACCGACAUCGACCUGAGGUUCUUAGGGAGUCCGAAGUGUCCGAAAACACCGUGCGUGGGGACGGUGAAGAGGGUAGCUCCAAAUCUCCGGAGACCGACCAAGUGACAGAGAACAGCCCCGCGAAGAAGCAGCAAGCGCUGAAGUCGUGCUGUUGUAUCGCCUCACUUCAUGCUAAAGAUGCGGACAGAUUCGUCAGGAUGUAUGCUGGGAAUCACUGGAUUGACUCGAAAGGGAACUGGCUGUCUAGACGUUGCGUUAUUAAACGAGUAAAGGUUUCACAAGACAAAGAUGAUGGGUCAUUCCCCUAUAAAUCAAAGUACGAGCAGCGGCACCGGGUGUCCUUAACAGAAUGUUUCACAGAGGCUGACCUCAAAAGUUUAUCUGAGCUGAAUCCACCAGCUCUGAUGCAGAAUGGGAAUGUGGGCACACCGGUCAAAGUGUUUCUACAGCUCAUCCAAUCCUGCCGUCUGCCUCCGCGCCUCAUCCGGAAGUUGGGCCUCACUUUCCCCAAGACCAGCUCUAAUCGCCGUUACGGCAAUGUGCCUUUCCAGUAUAAGAACAGUUGGACACUUCCAGCCACAGAGGAGACUAUCUUAACAGCAGCUGGCCAUGAAAUAUCAGGACCGGGCAUGUUUGCUGCUCCACCCUCAAGACAGAGGCAGCUAGCUGAUCACACAGAAACAACAGAGACUGAUGAGCCACAGAAAGAAGAAGAGGAGGAUGCACAGUCAAAUGCAGAUGAUGAUGAUGACUACUGUGAGGAGUGGGAGCGCCAUGAGGCUUUGCAUGAUGAUGUAACAAGCCAGGAACGAAGCAAAGAAAGGCUGUUCGAAGAGGAGAUUGAGUUGAAGUGGGAGAAGGGCGGCUCAGGCCUGGUGUUCUACACUGACGCCCAGUACUGGCACAAGGAAGAAGGAGAUUUUGAUGAACAAACGGCAGACGACUGGGAUGUUGACAUGAGUGUUUACUACGAUAAAGAUGGAGGUGACAUGGAUGCCCGUGACUAUGUCCGAAUGCGAUAUGAAAAAAGGCUGAGGGUGGGUCUUGAAGAUAGAUCUGGACACAGUCAGUCUAUUGGCAGUUUUGAGAGGUUCACAAAGGGCUUUGGUCGUCGUUUGAUGGAAAGGCAGGGCUGGAAGGAUGGUGAAGGGUUAGGACACAGUCAGAUUGGGAUUCCUGACGCCCUUGAGAGUGAGGGCCAACAUCCCAAUUGUAAAAGAGGCUUUGGGUAUCAUGGAGAGAAAUUGUUCUUAAAUCCCGUAAAAAAGCGCAGGACAGAUUUUCAUAUAACUACAGUGUAUGAUAAACCCAAAGACAUCGAUGGCGGUGACACCUUGCUGAGACGUCAACCAAACACUAGUAUGAAAUACAGAGGCUGGCAGCCAGGUGGCAGCAUCGGACCACGACGAUGACUUCAAUUUACAUUUUUCUUAUUCAUAGAUUUUUUUACUCACAUAUUUGUCUCACUGUUUUAUUAAAACAUUUUCAAACCUUU